UCUUUCACGGCGACAUGAGCGACGUCGUGCAGAAGAAGGAGCGAGCCUUCUACGUGGUGAACCACCAGUCCACAUUCGACUGGGUGGCGGUGAACAUCUUCGCCGAGAGGACGGGCUCCCCGGGCCAGCUGCGCUACAUCAUCAAGCAGAGCCUGCAGUCGGUGCCCCUGUACGGCUUCUACUUCCACCAGCACGGCUGCAUCUACGUGAACCGGCACCAGUUCAACGUGCGCAAGAUGCGUCGCUCCCUGGCCUACCUCACCAACAAGAACAUGCCGUCGAGCCUCGUGAUCUUCCCUGAGGGGGCUCUCUUCGAGCCAGGACACACGGCCAAACUUAAGAAGAGCUACGAAUUUGCGCUCCGUCAAGGCCUUCAGCCGCUUCGGCAGCAUCUGAUGCCGCGCAGCCAGGGGUUCUCGAUCGCCAUGCAGAGCAUGCGCGACAACCUGGACGCUGUGUACUGCCUCACCUUCAUCUACGGCAACAGCAAGAUGGCCGGAGGGGGACGACGCAGAGCACCCACGCUCUCCGACAUGUUCUUGGGCAAGUGCGACGAGAUCCACAUGCACGUGAAGCGGACGCCGGUCGACAGGUUGCCCGAAGACGACAAGGGCCUCAAGAAUUUCCUCUUGGACCUCUUCUACGAAAAGGACGCUCUCUUGGAGGCUUACUACGGCACGGACGGCACACCUUCGGAACUGUCCGAACCCAUGACGGUUCCUUGCCAGCAGUUCUACAACCACGUGGUACUCUUCCUUACGACGGUGUUCAUCUGCCUGUUCCUUUUCACGGCCGCUGGACGAAGUCUGCUCUGGAAGACCUGGCUGUACGGCUCUAUCUUCGGGUACUCCUGGCUCGGCAUGAACUCCGUCGCCUGAAUGACACACUCGCUUUUUGGGGUUUUACUUUUUAUUCGAGAAUCGCACACGAUACACAUAUGGGCUGCCUUCUCUGCUU